AUGGGGAGGGGGAAGAUUGAGAUUAAGAAAAUUGAGAACUUGAACAGCAGACAGGUUACCUUUUCCAAGAGGAGAAAUGGGUUGCUGAAGAAGGCCAAAGAAUUGUCUGUUCUAUGUGAUGCUGAGGUUGCUGUCAUCAUAUUCUCUAGCACUGGCAAACUUUAUGAGUUUUCAAACACAAGCAUGGAGCAUACGCUUUCAAGGUACAGCAAAGGCACGGAACCAGAUUCUGCAGAGCAACCUAUUGAUGUGAUCCCAAAAGAUGUUAUGGUUAUGGAGCCUGAUACUAACCUUUUGAAGGAUGAAAUAACAAAGCUUCGAACGGCACACUUAAAGAUGAUGGGUAAGGAGCUUGAUGGAUUGAGCCUUAAAGAACUGCAACACCUAGAAAAUCAACUGAGUGAAGGGAUACUAGCUGUCAAAGACAAGAAGGAACAAGUACUUCUAGAACAGCUUAGGAGGUCUAGGAUACAGGAGCAAAAGGUUGUGCUGGAAAACGAAGUUCUGCGCAAACAGCUUGAGGAGAUACAAAAUAAAGCAAAGACACAGUUCCUUGAAUUCAGUUCUUUGGAUAGGACAUUUUCCAAGAACAGUCCAAAAUCUCUUUUCAAUUGUGCUUCAGAGGAAAAUGACCAUUCAGAUACUUCUUUGCAGUUAGGGUUGUCAACAGAUUAUGGUCGGCAGAGGAAAGGAUUGAAAAUAGAACCUUGCAACGACUCAGGGAGUCAAGUGGCUUCACAGUGA